UAAUGAAGAUGAUAGAAAUUCGACAGCUUGAUGCGGCGCAGAUCAAUGCACCGAAACUCGUUCUCUGGUCAUUGUUGACUCGCUUCUUAGCAUUGCUUCUUGGCCUCUUUCGCGGCGACGCUGAAGCCACCACUGCGUUCAUUACAUAAUCAUUUAUUCAACGUGCUGCUCUUAUGCACUCGGACGGCCAAACUUGUCGCCACUCGGCUCAGGAGAGACAGAGUUUCUGUGACCACCUCGCGAGGCGGUCUGGUGCGGCCUAGAUUUCUUCGGUGACCACCUUCUUGGGCUCUUCGGCGGAGAUCUUUUGUGACACUGGCAGAUAUCGAUUCAGUAGUGCGAACACCGUUGAGGAUGAGACUUCCUGUGAUCUUCGCUGUGCUGAUCAGCGUUGCCAUUGUGGCGUGUGACGAAGUGAAUGAUGCAGAAUUACCAAUUGAGACGACACUGUGCAAGCGCGAGGAUCCCAAGAGAAAUGAGUGCAUCAAGAGUGUGCUGCAGAAGAUCAUACCAGCGCUCAAAGAUGGCAUUCCGAGGCUCAACAUCACGUCCAUCGAUCCACUGCCGCUCAUCCACUCCAAGUUCCUCUAUCGCGCCUCCAGCACGCUCCUGGCCUCACUCACGGUCGUGCGUGGCAACGCGUACGGCUUCAGUGAGUCCCAAGUGAGGCGCGUGCGAUCCCAAAUCACGGAUGACGAGUGGAAGUUCAACGUGGACGUGGCCAUUCCGCGUCUGCACAUGGACGGCGAAUACAAGGGCCAGGGGAAGUUCAACGAACUCAAUCUGGGCUCUCAGGGCUACUUCAAUCUCACACUGAACCGCGUCCAGACCACGUGGAAGAUCCGUGCCAAGGCAGAGGAGCGCGAUGGCGAGCGUUACAUGAGAGUGUUCAAGUUCGAGAUGAUCCCCAAUGUGAAGUCAGUGAGGACGUUCAUUGAGAAUCUCGUGCCGGAUCCCACUCUCAAUCUCGUGGUACUGGAGUUGAUCAACGAGUACUGGAACAUUCACCACAACGAGAUCCUCCUCGAGAGUGGGCAGUUUUAUGAGCCUCUGCUCUCGCAGAUCGCCAAUGGGAUUCUGCUCAAUGUUCCCAUGCGGAAGCUUCUGCUCUGUGACACACCACCGUCCGGAUUAAGAUGCAUUUAUCACCUGACGCACACGCGUUCUGGCGCAACAGCCACGAACGCCGCGAGGAUGCCCAGGCAGAUUCCCGGAUUGCCGUCGCGAGAGACGACAGUGUGGGGCAAUGUGCUGCGCGAGGGCAGCGCCUGUCUCACAUCCCGCGGCCACUUGGGCUUCUGCACGUCCGUCAAGCACUGCUAUCCGUACUUCAAGCUGCCCAAUCUGCCGCUGUGGGAGUCCUGGGUCCUGGGCAACUACGACACGUGCACCUACUUCGACAACAAGGGAUCACCGGCCUUCGGCGUGUGCUGCACCAAUCCCAUAACCCUGCCGCCGUCCACCACACCUUCUGCCGAAGAAGAGAAGCCCGAGGCGCCCCAGCAGCCCGGCGACGAGGAUAACGCCACGGAAGCCCCUCAGAGGCCGGACCACAAACCAGACGCCAACAAGAGUCCCAGCGUGUGGCCGCCACCGAUUCCCACGCAUCCGCCAGAUCACACUCCCGCCACCCAUCCGCCAUGGGUCACAGGCGGCAUCGUCCCGAUUGCGCCCAUCGCGCCCGUCGCUCCCGUUGCGCCCGUUGCGCCAAUCGCACCCGUGAUGCCUACAAAACCCCCUGGCACCGCCACCACCUGGCCCACGCGUCCGCCCAUCUUCCAGUGGCCGCAAACCACCACCCCAGCGCCCAUUCUCCCCACGCGGCCCAGCACCACCACCACAGCCCCUCAAGUGCCCCAGAUUCCCACCUCGCCGCCGUCUGGAAUCAACACCAACUGCGGCGUGAAGAAUGGAUAUCAGGACUCGGAGAGGAUCGUGGGCGGUCACAAUGCCGAUCCCAAUGAGUGGCCCUGGAUCGCGGUGCUCUUCAACGGCGGACGGCAGUUCUGCGGCGGAUCUCUGAUCGACAAUCAGCACAUUCUCACGGCUGCUCAUUGCGUGGCUCACAUGAGCUCAUGGGAUGUCGCUCGAUUGACCGUUCAGUUGGGCGAUCACAACAUUCGAUCGACCACAGAAGUCGUACACGAGACGCGCCACGUGAAGAGAGUCGUUCGCCAUCGUGGCUUCGAUUCACGCACUUUGUACGACGAUGUCGCGCUUCUCACACUGGACACUCCAGUUCAGUUCUCCUCGGCAAUUCGGCCCAUUUGUCUGCCGGCAGCAAACGACGUGCGAUCGUACAGUGGCAAAACUGGAGUGGUGAUCGGCUGGGGUAGUCUCCGGGAGAACGGCCCUCAGCCCUCGAUUCUGCAGGAGGUGAGCAUUCCCAUCUGGAGCAAUGAGCAAUGCGCCCGGAAGUACGGCAAUGCCGCUCCGGCCGGCAUCACGCAGAACAUGCUGUGCGCCGGCCAAGACUACAGGGACUCUUGUAGCGGUGACUCCGGAGGACCACUGAUGGUCAAUGACGGCAAGUGGACUCAAGUGGGCGUCGUUUCGUGGGGAAUCGGAUGCGGCAAAGGACAAUACCCGGGCGUCUACACGCGUGUCUCCAACUUUAUGCCAUGGAUCAUGAAGAAUCUCUCCUGA